AUGAUGAACCCUGCGGCACUGUCGAUCAUGAUGUCAGGACAAGGCGGUCAGGUGCCUCCACACGGUGCUCCCCGGGUGCCAGGAUACUUCAUCUAUCCUUUGCCCUUCCCCUGCAUGGGGAGCAACACGCAAGCUCAGUCUCACCAGCAGCAGCCCACGAAUGCCAGUUCUUCGAAUGAGAAAGUGCUGACCACAGACCUUUUCAAGGAAUGGCAUGCGGAGGCUCCUCGCAUUGUCGGUUUGCAACCACACCGCGAGGACCUAUCGGACAGUAGCGGCUGCAGCAAAACUACAGAGACCACGGAGAUCACGGAGAUCACCGAGAUCACGGAGAUCGCAGAAAUCAUGGAGGACACGCCCGCGACGCCUGUUCCGGCAAGCAUGAGCGAGGAUCAUCUCAAGGCUGGCAGCGAUGAUUCGACGCGCGCUUCGGAUAGCGAGGAGUUCGCACCGGUGCGGACCCGCAAGAAGAGCAAGGCGCGAAAAGCACGCGGUUCGGAGGCACUCGAGUCGGAGCCGAAAGCUUCUUUUUCGCCCCCCAGUCCGGCGAGCCCCAGCCGCCCGAAGGCUGGCUCUUGCUUCAAUACCUUCAGGGCCCUGAACGUUGACAUGCCCUCGAGGCGACCGUCGCUCUCCGAGGGGACUAGGCUGAACAUCGUUCAGAAGCAGAAAGUCAUCUAG